UUUUGUUAACUUUUUAUCUUCAAGAUUAUUCUGAGCUUGUUGAAACCUGUUCUGGAAACGCGUAUCAAUGGUUUUCAUAGCAUCAUAAUGAGCUAGAGAAUGAUUAACAUGAAUAUCUUGAAAAAUCUCAGUAGAUAAAUUUUUGGGUUAUCUUUCUUCCAUGUCAGAAGAUCAACCACAAAAGAGCUCAGAUCACAACUUCAUACAUCAAUGACUUAAAGACGAAAAAGUAAUAAUCUGAAAACAGAAUUCCUGCCCAAAUUUGAUUUGGACAUACCAGUACAGACACAAAAAUGGAAGACAUAUUAAGCCUCAAAUUCUUUCUCCCCUUUUUGAGGUCUUCAAAACCAUCAAAAUCAGAUUCCAGGCUAACAUACACAAGCCUAGGAACAACGAACAAGCUCAUCAGUUUGGAAGCAGAAAUAGACAAAGAUUCCUUUUCAGCAGAAAUAGAUGAACCAGUGAAUAAUGUAAUAGGAUGGUGAAAUUUUAGAAGCUGAGGUUGGGGGAGGAGUAAGAAGUUUAGAAUUUGGGGUAUAAACUAUAGAAAUAACGGCAUAGUUGGUAAUCUAUGGUGAUUAAUUGUCUUAGAGGGCAGAAUGUUGGAGACUCUUGGUUGUAUCAUGGAUGAGGGCCAAGACAAAGCCAGCAGAAUUCAUACUUUCAUUUAUUUUCAAGUCAUAUGAUUGCAUCCUCCUUCUUUGUAAAUUACAAGUCCUCAUUGAGGACAAGGUCAGCCAGUAAAAACUUUGUUUGCAUAACUUAAAGUAUCAGUCUGGAAAGUAAGAGUAUCUUUAACUCCCUUCACUGACUUCUCCAAUAAAGUCAUCUGCUCAAACUCUCUCCAUUCAUAAUUGCAUUCAGGACAUUGUAACUUCUCUCUUCAUGCAUUAAGUUCGAUAAAUCCAGCAUUUAAACACUUAGGGUUAGGGCAAUUCCUGACAUCAGUGGCAUUAGAUACAUACAGCUUAGUAUGCUCUUCAUUCACUUUUUCAAACUUCUCAGUUCCUAAUAUCCUUAACAAGUCUGUAUGCUUCAGUUCAUGAUUACAAUCAUGAUUGGGGCAGGGUAUCUUGACCUCAUUACUCAGUCUAUCCAUUAUAACCUUAUUCUUCGCCCAUUGUGCGAUACAAGUUGAACAAAUUACCCCUAUCUCUCCUCUAAAUCCCUUAAAAUUCCCAAC